CACACACAGCUCCUCGCCACCCUGCCCCAGAUGUUUCUCCAUCCCCGGAGGAACCUUUUGGGGGUUUCUGCACACAUUCGCUGGUGAAGCUCCCAUCACCCGAUCUGGGUUUUUCCCACCACCCCCUCCCCCGGUUGCUUUCCCCUCGAGCGUGGUUGACUCUCUCUUCCCAUCUGACAAUUUAUUUUGGGGGUGGCGGGGGGAGGUAUCCACAUUUGUAUCUUCUAAAUCCUGGCUUCCAUUCUCCCACCCCAGCAAUUUUUUUUUAAAAAAAUUUUUUUUGGAAGGGUUUUCCCCCACCCACCCACUCACGCAGCAGAUAUCUUGUCUUGGAUUUGUUCCUUUUGUGAUAUUUCUCCGCUGAUCCUCGCUCAAUUCUAUGGCCACCUGAGGUCCCCCGCCUUCUACCAUUCUUCUGAUUCCUUUCCUGCUCCUCUCUGGUAUUGCAUUUCAUCUUCCAUCUGACAUUUUCAGCCUCUCUGUUCCUGGAUUUCCACCUGCACUCGACUUCUCGCUCCCCGCCACAACCCUCCCCAGCUAAAUUUCAUACUACACUCACCUGAUCUCCCCAUUUGGGAUCUACCUCUAUUUAUCUGCCUCCGGCUGGGCUCUUUCAACCCCCCCUUCUCUUCCCACCCACCCCCCUCCAAAUUUAUGCUGACACAUUUCAGCCUUGCUGCUUCUUCUCUUCUUCCUCCUCCAGCUCAUGUUUCAAGUGGCUAUUUUUCUACACAGACCAUCUUCCUCCGUUAGCUCGUGUGUGUUUUUUUCCUCUCUCCUCUGAGCACGGCCAGUGGUAUUCCCAGCUGAGAUUUCUCCCCGUCUAUGCGCUCGCUCAAGGCUUGGGUGUGUCUGUUAUCUUAUCUCGCUUCUCUUCAAGCGUGUGCCUCCGUUAUUUUCCUCUGCUGCUUCGAGAAUAAACACAUGGUUGUUUCCUACUUUUUAUACCAUGCGGUCUUCUCUGACAGCUCUGCUGCCUCUCUUUCACCCUUUGAAGAGGCUGCCUGGUUCCUGUGAACACCUAGAUUUCCUCUGAGCUGCCUCUGAUGAGUCUAACUGGGCUCAAUCAGGGAGAAGACCACAGGCCUACAGACUUGCCUGUUGCUACUGAUGCCUGUAGCCAGAAAAUCCCAGACCCUGUGGCCUGUCACCGCCGAAACCAGCCCAAAAAGUGACUCUGAGGGCCCCAGGAGGGUCAUCAACCAAAGCCAGCAUCACUACCCUUUCUUGUCCAGUGACAACUAGGCCACCCAACACGGCUGCUUGUGCACGCCCAGGCGGUCUUCUAUCCAUCAGUCGCCAAGGAGUUGUGUUCUGAGAAGUCUGUGAUUCGGGUCCACCAUAUGCCUGUAAACCAAAAGCCUCUUGGUCCUUCCAUGCCCGUAACAAGACUGCAUUUUCAGCCCUCGGUCUGGUCAUCGACACCAACUGUGGAAUACUGUCUUCACCUGCAGACAGCUAACCGAGUGCUUUUCUCCUGCCGCUGAAGAACUCUAGGAAAGCUGUAGUCUGAUGACAAGGGAACUCUGGGAUGUUUGGUGCUAACCAAAGAAACUUAAAGCGUCCCUCUUGGUUCAGAGCCCUCGGGCGACAGCAGCCAAAGGACAACUUGAAAUGCCCGUAGCUCCGCCACACACCUGUACGAUCAACAGAGGAGCGGGCCUGGGUAGCUAGACUCCUCCCAAAGCACUGUGUGCCGCUAGCUAGAGAAGGCUGAGGCCUUGGAGGCUAGAGACCUCCUGGCGUACUGGUGUGCUUGUAGCCAGAAAGCCCUGAGCCACGGGACAGCUCAAGUGAACCACGUAUUCUGUAGGCAGAAUCAUCAAGGCCUCCGCUGUCCUGUCGUUGCACGUGUUCACAAGGAUUUCUGAGCAGUUCAGCACCUGUAAAAUUUAAUAUAGGCGAAGCUCUACUGCAUCCCCGUAGCCACGACGUGUUGGCCUGUCUCCACAAUCUCGUUCCUCUCUGCUCUAGCAAAACACAGCAGCUCAGUGACGCCGUAGUCAAGAGGCCUCUGUCUGCUCCUAGCUCCUUACAUGUCUUUAACGACAAAAAACCAGGCAUUGGUCAAGUUGUAGCUGCAGACUUCCAGGACCAGGAGCAGGAAAAAGGCUCCCAGAUGUCUGGCUGUGAAAAACGGAUCGUGAAGGGCUGAAGUUUGUCUCCGUGGGGCAGCGCCAUGUAGAGGCGCCCCAGAGGGGGGAGCGGAGAUGCGCGCAGGAACUUGUGGGUAAUUGGCGCCCGACUGGCCGGGGAGAAACGUUACAUGAAUGUCCAACGGAGGCAGAUUCGAGUUUGACGAUGGCGGCUGCUAUGUGGGCGACUGGGAGGAGGGCCGGGCACAUGGCUACGGCGUAUGCACCGGCCCCGGCGCCCAGGGGGAGUAUAGCGGUCGCUGGAGCCGCGGCUUUGAGUCCCUGGGCGUCUACACCUGGCCCAGUGGGAACACCUACCAAGGCCACUGGAAUCAAGGGAAGCGCAGCGGGCUGGGCGUGGAACGGAAGAGCAAGUGGAACUACAAGGGGGAAUGGAGCCAUGGCCUGAAGGGGCGUUCGGGCGUGUGGGAAAGCCGUUCAGGGGUCAUCUAUGAAGGCAUGUGGCGUGAGGGCCUGCAGGAUGGAUACGGCAUGGAGACGUACGCCGACGGAGGGACCUACCAGGGCCAGUGGCAGUCCGGCAAGCGUCAUGGAUACGGAGUGCGCCAGAGUGUCCCUUACCGCCAGGCGGCCCUGGUGCGCUCCCCACGCCGGACCUCUCUGGAAUCGCUCCACAGCGAGACUGAUCCUAAUGCCCCAGCUGCACCCCUCCCUCCUCCUCCUCUGCCCCCUCCACCCCUCCCUGGGGACAGCCCGGCCUCAGGGUCGAGGGGUGGUUUUGUCUUGGCCUUCCCUGGCGAUCCAGACUUCCCCAAGGGAGCCAAGAAGAAAACAGGGGGAUUCUUUCGGCGUUCCCUGCUCCUGAGCGGGCUGCGAGUGCGCAGGGCCGAAUCCAAGGCCUCCCUGGGCAGCAAAAGAGGUUCCCUCAAGAGCGAGGCAGGGGUAAGUUCGGCCGGGAGCGAGGCCACCACGCUCAGCUACGCCGAGACCGAACCCCCGGAGCUGCCUUCAACUUUGACCAUUGAGGGAUCUUCCACCGAGGUCUACGCCGGGGAGUGGCGGGCCGACCGCCGCAGUGGCUACGGGGUGAGCCGCCGUUCCAACGGGCUGCGGUACGAGGGCGAGUGGCUGGGCAACCGCCGGCACGGCUACGGCCGCACCACCUAUCCGGACGGCUCCAAGGAAGAGGGGAAGUACAAGCUCAACCGUCUGGUGAGCGGCAAGGUGAAGAACCUGAUUCCCCUUCGCCGGAGCAAGGUCAAGGAGAAGGUGGACCGGGCUGUGGAGGUGGCCAGACGGGCCGUCAGUAUGGCGCGGCAGAAGCAGGAAUUGGCCAUUGCCAGGGCUGCGGACGCUCGCAUCAAGGCCGCCGGUGCGCUCGGCGCAGCGGAGAAAGCCCUGGAAGCCGCCCGGCUGGCCAAAAUUUUGGCCCAGGAACUGCAGCCCAUCCUUAAUGAGCCAGAGCCACGUGGCCGUUUGGACUCGGAAGGCACCGACACCGACUUCCAGGAGUACGACAGUCCCCAGGUGUACGAGAACGGCAUCACCCCCUCAGACGUUACCCCAGACCCGAGUCUCCCGCCGAGCUACCCUCCGACGCCUCUGCAGCCCUGGCGGGGGGACCCCCGGCGGACUUGGCCCCCCUUGGAGAACGGAGGCCCUCGCCAGCUCCUCCCGGAGGCCUCUGACCCCGAGGAUGAGUGGGGCUGCCGGGGCAGCUUCCCGUCUCGGACACCGGGCUUCGUUCCCGAGGGGCUGUGGGAGGGGGAGGAGGAGCAGGGGCAACUCAGCAGCUACGAAGCGGAGGAAGAGGAUUACCGGGGGGUCCCCCGGCAGCCCCAAAUGGGCAGCCCCGCCAGCGGCAGCUCCGGCAGCUUGCGGGAGGAAGAGGAGGAGGAGGAGGAAGAAGACGACGAAGAAGGGGCGGCUUCCAGGCCUUAUCCUGGGGAGACCCAGGUGGAACCAGCACCGACGGGCGUUUCUGGGGGCCCAGAAUUGGAGAACGAGGAACUGCUUGGGGGCACGGGGGCCUUCGUAGUGGAGAGAGCGGACGCCCUCGGAGCGGUGCGGAGAAGGGAGAGACAGGGAGCCCACCUGUUGGUUGUCGCCGCCGUCCUAUUGGUUGAUGUGAGUCUGGCGUACCUGUUCUCACUUCUCCUCACUUGAGAUGGGUGGGGGCAGGGGGGGCUGCUUUUGACCCCGUUUCCUCCUCCCUCCCCCCACAACAAUGCUUUGGUACAGACUCUUAUCUAUCCUCUGCCUUUCUACCUGUCCCCUCCUUAUCUUUUUUCACCUGUUUUACCCCCACCCCGUUGCAGCCCCCUAACCCUCGACCUUUCUAGAUUGUUUACAUACGAAGGGCUCUCUUUCUAUCGGAGAUUUCUGUUUUUUUCUUGCUGUCUCUCCGAAACUACUACGACCUCCCAUCCUUCCCACCCCACCCCCACCUCACCUUCCCCAGUCUUUUCAUCCAAACCACAUCCAUCUUUCUAAACCACACUUUGAAACUCUGGGGCAUUCGUUUUCUGGCCUUUUUAAUUUGGGGAGGGGGCCAUCAUAGGGCUGGACUGAGGUAUGGGGCUGAGCUGUCGCUGCCUUCUAGGGUUGUAAAGUUUUGUUGGGGUCACUGACUGCAGGAAGGCCCCAUCUGCCUGCCAUGAAGUCCCCCCCCUCUCGUCCCUAAGGGGUCCAUUCAAAACAUUCUCCCCCCACAACCUUAGGAUGACUACUGGUUGUAAUUGGUGCUUGGAUUUGUUUUUUGGUUGUGGGGGGGGGUACUCAAUGAAGUCCUCCUCCCAAUCCCUUAUAGUCCACAUCAACAGUAAUUCAUUGUCUCACACACAUACACACCUGAGAUGCUCCCCUGAAAUUCAUAGCAGAAAGAAGUUGCCAAACUUGUUCCUUUAAGAAAGGGUUAAAAAAAAACAACCUAUAACUUCCCUGUCCUCUUUUCUACACUGUUGGCUAGGGUGACCAUGUGAAAAGGAGGACAGGGCUCCUGUAUCUUUAACAGUUGCAUAGAAAAGGGAAUUUCUGCCAGUGUCAUUUGUAUUUAUGGAGAACCUGGUGAAAUUUGCUCUUCAUCACAACAGUUAAAGCUGCAGGAGCUAUACUAGAGUGACCGGAUUUAAAAGAGGGCAGGGCACUUGCAAGUUUAACUGUGGUGAUGAAGAGGGAAUUUCACCAGGUUCUCCAUACAUACAAAUGACACCUGCUGAAAUUCCCUUUGCUAUGCAACUGUUAAAGAUACAGGAGCCCGGUCCUCCUUUUCGUAUGGUCACCCUACUGUUGGCAGGAGGAGAGAAAAAAGGGGAACCAGGGAGAAUAUUGAAAAAGUUUGCAAAAUUUCAGGAGCAUUCAAGGGAAAGUCUGUGUCUCACUCUCCUUUUUUCCAUAUCCACAUUUUCACUUCCUCUCUCUGUCUUUUUCUCUUUCUCUCUUUCUAUUUGCCACCUCCUUUCCCUGAGGGAACCGGAACCUUCUUUUCCAACAAAAACAAACAAAAGAAGAAACAAAACAAAAACAACAAAAAAAAGAGAUAACUUUUUAUUUACGCUUUUAUAAACAUUUUUCUCGCAGCGUUUGAAUAAUUAAAAAAAGAAAGAAACAUUAUAAAUUUAACGAGAGGGUGAAAGGGAGAUUCCUGUUGCUUGGGAGAAAGGGAUUUCACAAAGGGGACGGUGUGAUUCCCACAAACAGGAAAGUCCGAGAUGUGGAAAAGUGGGUGAUGCCGGACCACGCUAGGCAACGCCUUCUCCCGGCAGCAAAAUGGUGUCUGGGCAGAAGGUAGGAUGGCCUGCUGUGUAUAUGGGUGCAGGGAGCCCCAAUUGGGGGAAGGAUCUCAAGGUGGUGGAUGAAGCACCUUGAAGGUGUAAACUGGGAACUCCGAGGACAAAGGGACUAAAAAAGGAAGUCCCACCUCGCAGAAGGUUUGAAGGAGGAAGGAGCUGGCAGCGGAAAAGGAGAUAAACUUGCCUUCUAGAGAAGCCUUCCUCAACCUGGGGUGCUCCAGAUGUGUUGGACUACAACUCCCAGAAUGCCCCAGCCAGCUGGCUGGGGCAUUCUGGGAGAUGCAGUCCAACACAUCUGGAGCGCCCCAGGUUGAGGAAGGCUGUUCUAGAGGGUAAAAGAAUUGACCCCUAUGGGGGGAAAAAAAGAAGAAGUUUGUGCCUUUGGAAAGGAAAAGUGCAAUAGGAGAGACCCUGGAACAGAGGAGGCAAAACAGGAGGUCCUGCCUUUUUCCAGGGUGCUCGGAGUGCAAUACAGGAAGUCCUGCCUUCCAGAUGGCAAGGAGAGGCAUUUUAAGGGCAAAAGAAACUUAAAAGAGGGCUUUAAAGGGAGCGGGCUCUGUGGCCCGGAUAUAUCUGUUCAUUUUGUGGGUGACUGGGAACCAGAGAGGAAGAAUGAUAGAGACAGGAUGAUGGUGGAGGUCCUCGAGUAUAUUAUGGGGUGUCCUCCACAGGAAUCUCCCCCUCAGCCCCCCCCUGGAUUCUGCAUGAGGAAAGCGACUGAUCCUUUGCUGUGUGCUGUGUAUACUGAGAAUGUCUGUAUAGCCGACAAAAACAGAAAAAAAAAUUAAUCCUUCCCUACGGUUUUCUACUGCCUGCCCCCCCUUUUUUUCCAGUGCUUUGCUCCGGCCUUGAUCCGAGAAACUCUCCCCCCACCCUAUUCCCUCUCUUCUUCCUCUUCCUGGUUUGCCUUUUUGACUGGAUAUUUCUUAUUUCGUGUCUUUGGGAUUGAAAAAAAAAAAACACCAUUAAGU